AAAAAUUCUAGAGAGAGAAAGCACCGCAGAUAUAGAGAGAGAAGGCGCUUCUUCUUCUUCCCCCAAUCCCUACCCCCCCUGGCCCCGCGCAAACCCUAGCACCGCCGGCGGCAAGUGGCGGCGUCGUCUCGCUCCUCCGCCAUUUCUCGACAGCGACGGUAUUAUAGGGAGCAGCAGUUAAGAUGCAGAGAGACAUGUCAUGUGAAAUGAGUAUUUUGUUGCAUUGGGAAGCAUUGAAAUCUAUCUCGUAUUCAGCGCAGGGAUCCAUCUUUCUGACCAUUACGAAGCCUUCGUCUCUGCUGUGAAACUCUCGACUUAGUUCAUCUCUCUGAAGAAGUUGUAGCUGUUCAGUCUUCAAAUGUCAGAAGGUGCCAUGGCAGUUGUCAAGCCCGAGAUGAAGUCAUACAUCUGGCUCCAAACUGCUGAUGGUUCAAUCCAACAAGUGGAAGAGGAGGUUGCCAUGUUCUGCCCCAUGAUAUGCCAAGAAGUACUUCAAACGGGCAUGGGAUCUUCAAAAAACUAUGCUAUAGUACUUCCACAACGGGUCAAUCCUCCUAUCUUGGGAUUAAUUCUUGACUAUUGUCGAUUUCAUCAAGUACUGGGGCGCUCAAAUAAGGAACGCAAAACAUUUGAUGAGAAAUUUAUCCGAAUGGAUACCAAAAAGCUCUGUGAAUUGACAUCUGCUGCCGACAGUCUGCAAUUAAAGCCUUUGGUGGAUCUAACCAGUCGUGCACUUGCUCGAAUUAUUGAAGGAAAAACUCCUGAGGAGAUUCGGGAGACAUUUCAUUUGCCUGAUGAUCUAACGGAGGAGGAGAAGUUGGAACCUCUAAGAAACAUUACCGAUGAUCCACGUAUCCGACUGUUGAAUAGAUUAUAUGCAAGAAAAAGGAAAGAGUUGAAAGAGCGAGAGAAAUUGAAGAGUGUGGAGGUUGAGGAGGAGCGUGUUGAUGAACGUUCAGUUGAUGAUCUCUUGUCCUAUAUAAAUAGCGGAGAUGGCAAGGGAGUGAGAGCCAACAAAAGCAAAAAGAAAAAUAGAAGGAGAAAGGACCCAUCAAAAGAUGCUUUGUCAAAUAAGGUGAAUGGUGAUCAUGAGGAACUGGAAUCUGUGCCCACUGCUUGCUCUCACGGUGAGGCUAAGGAUCUUGAGGUGGCUACCCCUCAUAAAGCUUCGAAACUUCAAGAUUCUACUGUUGGCACCUUUUCCCCUAAGCUUGAGUCUGAUGAUGGUGAUCCGUAUGAUGAUUUAGAUCCUGCAAUGAGGGAAGAGCUUGAUAGGGAGGUAGAGGACUUUGCUCGUCGAUUGAACUCAGAUUGGCCUGAGAGGAUGCAGGAGAUUUUGUGUUUGGGCCGCCCUGAAAGGAAACUUCUGCCAGUACAUAUCAAUGGUACUAGUUCCAGUUGUGCAUGCAUAAGCUUGGAUCGAAGAUAAUUGGUGGAAGAGAGAUGGUUGCUUUUCAGUAAUCAGAACUGUCUCCACCUUUUCUUGUUUGAGCUACCUGCAAAUGCAGGCUCUGUUGCCCUUGCAAUGGAGAGGAGUUCGAAUACUCUGGUGUGGGUAGUGUGCCAGCAUACAUACCUAGUUUGCCAUCACCAGAGCCCCUUCAUCGUCCUGUGGGCAUAGUGGAUGUCAGAGAAAAGGUGAAGAUGAGAAACCGGGGAAGAAGAGGGAGAAUUUUGAAGUUUCGAUGUGCAGUUUAAGCAAACGUUGCUUAUGUAUCUUGUUUACUUCUGUUAUUGGGUUGGUUUGUAGUUUAUACAUGAUCUUUGGCUGGAUCAUGUGCUUGCUAGGAAUUGUCAAUUCCAAUAAUGAUCCCUUUUCUUUUCUCUUUACACAAUUUGGCUGAGCACACAUAGAGGGACAAAGCGUUCUUUUUGUCAAUGAUGUCAUGAUGUUUUUAUACCAGAUUUGGUUCUUGUCAUCGGCCCCUUUAUGGCUUUCUUCAUGGACAUUAGCCAUGGAGUUUACAUUUUUCCAAUAAAGUCAAUUAUUCUUUUGCAAA